GAGAGAACGCUGGGAUGGACGGAGAAGAGGCGCAAUACUUUUGCCAUGACUUCGAUUGGAACGACCACAGGGAUGAAGUCGAGAAGGACGUCUCCCUCCACUAUCAUCUUCUGCCUUUCCAAGAAUCCGAACAAUCGCCAUGUUCCUCUUCUUCUGCAUCAUCAUCAUACCCGCCUUCCAUGGAUGACACUUCAGAAGCAUGGAAAAGAUUUCAUAAUCGUCAUUCGAUGGGAAGAUUUUUCAAGGAGAGGAGGUACUUGUUAAAGGAAUUCCCUGAGUUGCUGAGUGCGCAUGACUAUUCCAAAGUUUUAGAAGUUGGAUGUGGGAAUGGGAGUACUGUUCUUCCCAUACUGCGUGCAAACAAGAAAAUCAUAGUGUAUGCUUGUGACUGUAGCAUGUUAGCGCUACAAAGAGCAAGAGACAUGGUAGAGUCUUCAGAAGAUAUUUCAGCUGACAACCAGUUCCAUCCAUUUUUGUGUGACAUCUCUCUGAGCGGUUUACCUGGAAACAUGGGCAGCUCUGGAUCAUUCUUGGGCAGAUUCCAAGACACUGAAGUGCUUGAUAUGACUAGCACAAUUAAGUGUGCAUGCUCAGAUGAAUCACAUAGUUUCCUUGAUGGGGUUGACUUUGUUACACUUAUAUUCACUUUAUCAUCUAUCCCAUUCCAACGAAUGCCGUUUGUUAUUAAGGAAUGCUAUUCAGCCUUAAAGCCUGGGGGACUCCUCUGCUUCAGGGACUACGGCCUUUAUGAUAUGACCAUGCUGAGACUUCUACCAAGUCAAAGAGUAGGACAUCGUGCAUACAUGAGGGCUGAUGGUACUCUUUCAUAUUUUUUUUCUCUUGAGCAAGCGAAAGAACUUUUCUGCAAUGCUGGCUUCAUUGUGGUUUUAGAUGAAUGAUGCCCAUGUUGCGCAAUUAAUUAUUCAUCGAUUGCCGCUUCUAUACCUCUGGCAUCUAUAGCUUGUCAUCACAUGAACCUUUUCGCCAUUUGACUGCAUUAUAUUUUUCUGACUCGGUUAUAUUGAAGAAGCAACUGCAUCAACAUUGAACCGUCCCGAAUACGAAUACAUGGUUGUCAGGUGGAUUUCAAUUUGCUUGAAGGAAAAUCCAAACCUUUAAGUUGGCGGACAUUGGUGUUUUGUGGGUAGCCCAAGGGCACGGAUACCUCACCAUGAGGCCACAAUUUAGCCUGAAACAUGACCAAUUGAACAGUCACAGGGACACUCUAUGUCGACCUUCAAUUAGCCAACAGGCUCGUUUUGUACAUAAAUAUGCUGGUAAACCAGACAGUUCCUUUUGUC